AUGUUUUCCAUCCUCGGGGUUCAAGACCGCUUUUCGUGCCAGUGCCCUGGGGACAGCAGCGCAUUGUGUGUAACAUGCAAGAAAUGGGUCAAACCUGGAACUGGGCCUUACUUCCGCAGCCCUAGCUGCAUGAUUCGUUGCAUGUGCCAGACGGGCAAGGAAGCGGAUUCCCGAAUUUACAUGCAUGCGGUGAAAAGGUGGGAGCUGCGGUACGAUCGUCUGCUCCAGCAACACGACCAGCAGCGUCAGGCGCUGCGACAAACUCGGCAAGAGCUUGCCCGCCUCCGAGAAGCCGGUUUGACGCUUCAGGCCGCCGCCGACGGCUUGCUAGGCUCCUGCGCCGCCGCGGAGACGCUGCAAGAGAGGCGAGUGUGGCAACGCCAUGCCGCCGGCAGUGUGCGCGGCGUUUCAGGUGUCAUUGUCGGGGGAGGAGUCACUGGAUGCGCCAUGCUCUACAACCUCGCCCAGCGGGGCGUCAAGUGCGUCCUUUUUGAAAAGGGCGAGCUAACCUGUGGAGCCACCUGGCAUGCAGCGGGUCUGGUGACCCGUUUCCAUGGCGGCAACAACUUCCGCCUGUGGCACGAUGAGGGUGUGAACCUCUUUACGCAGUGGCAAAACGAAGGAACCCCGCUCAGCUUUCACACGCCGGGCUCGAUCCGACUGAUCCCCAACGAGAAGUCGUACAUCGAUGAGGCCAGAUAUCAAGUCGGCAAAGCCAAGAUCUUCUCGUCUCUUUUCGGCUGUGCUGAACACCACAUGAUCUCCCCAGAUGAGAUCAAGGAGAAGCAUCCUCUGGUGAACCUAGACGACAGCGGGAUCUACGCUGGCAUUUUGACAGAGGGCGAUGGUCACAUCGACCCAAGCAGUGUCACAAAUGCCUUUGCGGACCGAGCUAAAGGCCUCGGCGGCGUCAUCGAGCAGAAAACGGAGGUGGUGGCCCUCAACCUGCUCCCCAGCAAGCAGUGGGAGGUCAUUACACGCACAGCUGCAGGUGAAGAAAAGCGGACGGUAGCAGACUUCGUGAUCAAUGCAGCCGGGCUCUGGUGCGACAAAGUUGGUGCCAUGGCUGGCGUCCGCGUGCCGUCGGUGGUGUUGCAGCAUCAGUACUGCAUCACGGAGGCCAUCCCGGAGGUGAAGGAGUAUCACGACAAGCACGGCCACCAGCUGCCAGUGCUCCGGGACUUGAAGGGCUCCUUCUACGUGCGUGACGAACGCGAUGGGAUCCUGCUGGGUCCCUACGAGUACUCGGAGGCCAUGCAGCUCGCCCCGGCGGAGUGGCGGCAGACAGGCAUGCCCAACGAGUACUCCAAUUUCCUCUUCGAGGGCGAUGUGGAGCGCCUGAUGCCACACCUGGAGCGGGCGAUGGAGAUCCUGCCACAAUUCGGGGAAGUAGGCAUGAAGACCGUGCUGAACGGGCCCACGAUGUGGCCUGCGGAUGGAAACCACCUUGUCGGCCCUGCGCCGGAGUGGGACGUGGCGCCCAACUUUUGGCUGGCAUGUGCAGAGUCCUACGGCAUUGCGCACAGCGCAGGCCUAAGCCGCUACCUGUCGGAGUGGAUUGCAAACGGGGAGCCGCCCUACGAACUGAAGGAGGCCGACCCUGCGAGGUAUGGUGCAUGGGCCACGAAAGACUGGGUGGCCACGAAGGUUCGAGAGACCUAUGGCAUGAACAACCAUGUGCACUUCCCGAACGAGAAUUUGCUCGGAGCCAGGCCUGUGGAGCCGAUUCCGAAUCGUGAGAUCUACGACGUGCUGAAGUCCGAGGGCUGCCAGUUCGGCUUCCACAACGGAUGGGAGUGCGCGAACUAUUUCGACGCAAGCUCUGGUGGCGAGCAGCAUGGCAAUGCGCGGGGCUCCUUUCGACGGCCGCCCUACAAGGAAUUGGUCGAGAAGGAGUGCCGCGAGAUGGCAGGCUUCGGUGGCAUUUGCUACUGGCCGUUCGCGAAGUACCACGUCUCUGGGCCUGGCGCGGUAGACUUCAUGGACCGGCUAGUGCCGAACAGGUUGCCGAAAGUCGGCCGCUGCGCCCUUUCGUACUUCCUUACGCCGCAGGGAAAAGUCAGCAGCGAAGUCAUGCUAGUGCGGCUGGCUGAAGACAAGUUCUAUGUGGUCUCUUACCCUGAGCAGGAGCUGUUUGACUGGCGCUGGUUGCACAUGAACAAGCCGGCAGAGGGCGUAGAAAUCGAGAAUGUCACCGCUGACUUUGGGACGCUCAUGGUGUCCGGCCCCGAGAGCCGCCGCGUCCUGGCGCAGCUGGACGGCGAGGAGGCAAACUGGUCCAAGGACAACUUCAAGUUCUACGCCUGGAAGCAGGUGGAGCUCGCUGGCAUCCCCUGCCGGGCGUUGCGCGUCAGCUUUACCGGAGAGUUGGGUUGGGAGCUCCACCCAGCCACCGGCGAUGUCGCCCCGCUGUACCGGGCGCUGAAAGCUGCGGAGCCGCGCUUGAAUGACUGGGGAGGAUAUGCCAUGGGCUCCUUCCGCCUGGAGAAAGGCUUCAAGGCCUUCGGCUCUGACAUGACCAGGGACCACCAGGCCCUGGAAGCCGGGAUUAGUGGAAAGUUUCUGCGAAUGGAGAAAGACUUCAUUGGCAGAGAUGCCCUCGCUGCAAGCCCAGAGCCGGCGAGACGACUAGUGCACCUGGCUGUUACCAGCCCGGAAGGUGUUGAUUGCGUCGGCAAUGAGUCCAUCUUCAACUCUGUCACAGGAGAAGUGGUGGGCUUCACAACAAGCGGUGGGUACGGCUACCUUGCAGAGCAGAGCAUCGCCUUUGGCUAUGUGUCCUCCACAGCGUUAGAGUCCGGAGCGCCGCUGGCCAUCGAGGUCAUCGGUCAGCUCUGCGAAGCAAAGGUGCAAGAAGGGGCAUUCCCGGUCAAGCAGGCUGAUGGCGAUUCGCUUAAGGUUGAGCAGGUUUACAUACACACUUGCGUACAUGCAUGA